AUGGAUAACGUUACCAGUCAAAUUGAUGAGGAGUUCAGACUAGAACAAUGGAACAAUGAGAUGUCGGUAGCGUUUCUUCCGAAUACCAUAUUUCUGGUUUUUAGUUGCAUCAUCGGUGUCGUCGGGAACUCGUGCGUACUGUAUGUUUAUGGAGGGCGGCUUCGAAGGAAAUACGAGGGGCGCUUCUUCGUCCCCUACCUAGCUGCUGCUGAUUUGAUAGUAAUGCUUGUAGCGGUGGGGCUGAACAUCUCCAUAAAUGUAAAUCCCGUAAAUUACAAAAACAGGGAGGUGUGCACGGGAGGAAGUUUUCUUGUCGGAUUUUUUUCGGUUUGGUCAAUUUGCAUUCUAAUUCUCAUUGCCUUUCAGCGCUACCAAAAGAUAUGCAAACCAAUGGAUACUCACAUGACACGAUGCCAGAAGAAACUGGCCCUGGUGUUCUCGCUAGCCAUCUCCUUCCUUUUAAAUGUAAUUUUCAUUUUUACAGUUGGAUUGAGAGACGUAGAGUUGCAGAAUCUGAACAUUACGGGGAAGACAUGUGAACGCCUAUCCGAGGAGAGUCCUGUUUUAUCGAUCGUGCACAGUGUUAUUCUGUCUGUUUUCGCCGUGCUCAGUUGUUCAGUACUCAUUGUGUUAUACGGACUCAUCGGAAAAGCCAUUUACCGACACAAGAGGACUCAAAAGUAUUCCCUGGAAAUCCGAGGCAGUAGAAAGACCAAAGUUACAAGAAUGUCGAAGACGACACUGAUGUUUAUGAUUAUAACGAUUAUCUUUAUCAUAUCGUACAUACCGACAGGGAUUAAGAUGAUCGUUGAGAGUAUGCCGGACUUCUCCACUGUUUCUCUCCACUGGAGGUUCCUCACAACCUUCUUUGUGGUGAACCACUUUGCCAAUCCCAUUGUAUAUGCUUUUAUGGAUAUGAUCUUUUCUAGGGAGUUGAAGAGAAUAUUUUGCUGUGUCAAAGACAAAUUUCAAGGAAGUUCCGAAAACAGUGAUCGUAACGAACAAGAUACUACAACGUAA